GUCGAUUCCCAACAGAAGCGUUUACUGUCAGCAGUCCAGCGGUUAGCCUUUUCUGUCUGAUAAGGGCUGAACACACAGACUGACACUGAAGAGCUUACAGUAGCAUCCACCUGGACGGACUUUCUGGUUUUUGACCCUUUGCAGCUGCAGCAAUCAUGUGUUUGGUCUUUAAUUGGAGAGCUCAGGUGGAGAGAAAGUAGCAGUUGGGCUCAGGGAGAGAUGCCAGUGUGUAUCAGGGCCCUGCUGGGCUGCAGGAACCACAGAGAAUACAGAACAAAGCACGCACAGAAAGAUAGUGGAUCAGGUCUUGAAACAUGAGCUCUGUGGCAGUGUUGACUCAGGAGAGUUUUGCAGAGCACCGCAGUGGUUUGAAGGACAUUAAGAUCAUGGGUAGUGUGCCAGAAGAUGAAGCAUAUAUACCCACCUAUCUGGAAGCUUUUCCCCCUUUACCCGACAAGGGUGCUCUAGGGGAGAAGACUGGUGAAGCAGCAGGUGCCUGGAGCAAAAUCCGACCCAUCAAAGCCUCUGUCAUCACUCAGGUGUUCCAUGUACCUCUUGAGGAGCGGCGCUAUAAAGACAACAGUCAGUUUGGUGAGGGUGAGGAGGCGAAGGUGUGCCUGGACAUCAUGCAGAAGACCGGGGCACACAUUGAGCUAUCUCUGGCUAAAGACCAAGGCCUCUCCAUCAUGGUGACUGGAAAACUAGACUCGGUCAUGAAAGCCAGGAAGGAAAUUGUGGCCCGACUGCAAACUCAGGCCUCAGCGACUGUGCUCAUUCCAAAAGAACAUCAUCGAUUUGUGAUCGGAAAGAAUGGGGAGAAGUUACAGGAUCUGGAGUUGAAAACAGCCACCAAAAUAGCCAUCCCCCGCUCUGACGAUCCCAAUGCCAAUAUUUGCAUCACUGGCACCAAGGAAGGCAUUGAGAAAGCCCGCCAUGAAAUGCAGCUCAUUUCCGCAGAGCAGGAUAAGCGUGCUGUGGAAUGUUUAUCUCUUGAGAAAGCUUUUCAUCCAUUCAUUACUGGUGCAUAUAACCGACUCGUUCAAGAGUUGAGUCAAGAGACUGGAGCUCGUAUCAGUGUUCCACCGCCUAGUCUGCCCAAGGAUGAGAUUGUCAUUACCGGUGAGAAGGAAGCAGUUGCCAUUGCGAUUGCCCGCGUUCGGGCCAUCUAUGAAGAGAAGAAGCAAAAAACGACCACAAUCUCAGUGGAGGUGAAGAAGUCACAACACAAGUACAUAGUUGGCCCAAAAGGCAACACCCUGCAGGAGAUCCUGGAAAACACAGGGGUGUCUGUGGAGAUGCCUCCUCUAGAAUCUGCCUCUGAGACCAUCAUUCUCAGAGGGGAGCCGGAAAAGCUGGGCCCGGCCCUCACCCAGGUGUAUGCCAAGGCUAAAAGUGUGAUAGAGUUGAAGGUAAUUGCUCCAGCCUGGCUCCAUCGAUUCAUCAUUGGCAAGAAAGGACAGAACAUCAGCCGCAUUACACAGCAGUUGCCUAAGGUGCAUAUAGAGUUUACCGAUGGAGAGGAACGGAUCAAUCUGGAGGGACCAACGGAGGAGGUAGAACAAGCCCAGGCUCAGUUACAGGAGAUCAUCAAAGACCUGAUGGCAAGAAUGGACUAUGCAGAGAUUAACAUUGACCAGCGUUUUCACAGACAUCUCAUUGGCAAAAAUGGGGCCAACAUAAAUCGGAUAAAGGAGCAGUAUAAGGUAUCAGUGAGGAUUCCUCAGGACUCUGAGCACUGUGGGCUGGUUCGUAUUGAGGGCGAUCCUCAAGGAGUACAGCUUGCUCGCAAGGAACUGAUGGACAUGGCCCAGCGUAUGGAAAAUGAACGCAUGAAAGAUCUGAUCAUAGAACAGAAGUUCCACCGCACCAUCAUUGGGCAAAAAGGAGAAAGGAUCAAAGAAGUUAGGGACAAGUUCCCGGAGGUCAUUAUCAUCUUUCCAGACCAGCAACAGAAAAGCGACAUAGUGCAGCUCCGAGGGCCCAAAAACGAGGUUGAAAAAUGUGCAAAGUUUCUGCAGAAACUCAUCGCUGAGCUGGUUGAGAGCAGCUUCUCAAUAUCUGUACCCAUCCUCAAGCAGUUUCACAAAAACAUUAUUGGCAAAGGAGGUGCUAACAUUAAAAGGAUUCGUGAGGAGACCAGCACAAAAAUUGAUCUCCCAACAGAGAACAGCAACUCUGAGAUAAUCGUGAUCACUGGCAAGAAAAGCAACUGUGAUGCUGCACGAGACCGGAUCCUUGCCAUUCAGAAAGAACUGGCCAACCUGAAGGAGGCUGAGGUUUCCAUCCCAGCCAAGCUGCAUAACUCUCUGAUUGGAUCCAAGGGUAGUCUCGUGCGCUCCGUGAUGGAAGAGUGUGGGGGCGUUCACAUCCACUUCCCUUCAGAGGGAUCAGGGCUGGAUAAAGUCACCAUCCGAGGCCCUGCAGAAGAGGUGGAGAGAGCCAGGAAGCAACUGCUGCAGCUGGCAGAAGAAAAGCAAGUCAACAACUUCUCAGUGGAGCUUCAAGCCAAGCCUGAGUACCACAAGUUCCUGAUAGGCCGAGGGGGAGCUAAUAUCCGUCGUGUGCGGGAUCGAACUGGCGCACGAAUCAUCUUCCCCUCGACUGAUGAGACAGAACAGAAGCACAUAACCAUCAUGGGUAAAGAGGAGGCUGUACGGCUUGCCCAGAAAGAACUGGAGACUCUCAUCAAAAAUCUGGAUGAUGUUAUUGAAGACAGUAUGGUUGUUGACCCUCGGCAUCACCGUCAUUUUGUCUGUCGGAGAGGGCAAGUGCUUAGAGAUCUGGCAGAAGACUACGGAGGUGUGGCCGUUAGCUUCCCACGCACAAGCACACAGAGUGACCGCAUCACUCUCAAAGGGCCCAGAGAGUGUGUGGACGCUGCUAAGUAUCGCAUUCAGGAGAUCAUUCGAGAACUGGAGUCACAGGUGAGUGUGGAGGUGGCGAUUCCCCAGCGGUACCACAGAGGCGUCAUGGGACCAAAAGGCUGCAGGAUACAGCAGAUUACAUGGGAGCAUGAAGUCCAGAUCAAAUUUCCGGACAGAGAUGAGUCUGCAGCUCAGGAAUCUGCAUCUCAAGAGAAUGGCGAAACGGACAACAUCCUUCGGAAGUGUGACAUCAUCACUGUUACAGGGCAGGCUGAAAAGUGUGAGCUGGCACGGGCAACUUUGCUUGCAUUGGUUCCUGUAACGAUUGAUGUUGAAGUUUCCUAUGACCUUCACCGUUACAUCAUAGGACAGAAAGGAAGUGGAAUAAGGAAAAUGAUGGAGGAUUAUGAGGUGAAUGUUUGGGUUCCUCAGCCUGAACAACAGUCAAAUAUCAUAAAGAUCACAGGCCAGGUGUCCAGUGUGGAGCGGGCCAGACAGGGGCUGCUGGAGAGAGUCAAGGAGCUGCAGGCAGAGCUGGAGGAUCGGGCAUUACGGAGCUUUAAGGUGACCCUCUCGGUAGACUCCAAAUAUCACCCCAAAAUUAUUGGCCGCAAAGGAGCUGUCAUCUCCCAAAUACGCAAAGACUUCGAUGUCAGUGUACAGUUUCCAGACAAGAGCGAUGAGCAGCAGGAUGUAAUAACUAUCGGGGGUUAUGAGAAGAAUGCAAAUGAGGCCAGAGCAGCUAUAGAGCAGCUGGUGGCAGUGCUACAGGAAAUGGUGAGUGAGGACAUCCGGCUGGACCGGCGGGUCCACGCUCGCAUCAUUGGAGCCCGUGGCAAAACUAUCCGGAAACUCAUGGAUGAGUUCAAUGUUGAUAUACAGUUUCCCCAACCCGGUUCUGAGGACCCAAACAAGGUUACCAUCACAGGACUCCCAGAGAAUGUUGAUAAUGCCAUAGAUCAUCUGCUCAACCUGGAAGAAGAAUAUAUGUUGACGGUGACUGAGACAGCGACUAUGGCGGCCUAUAUGAAGCCUCCUUCUAAGGCAGUAGGGGCUGGAGGCAAUUAUGAGGAUAGAAAAGCCCUGGCUAAAGGCUUUGUUGUGCGGAAUGCCCCCUGGAAUGCUCAGGGCAACAAGGCACCAGACGUGAUCAGUUCUGAAGAGUUCCCCACAUUUGGAUAUGGAAUAACACCAAAACAGACAUCUGCUUGGGGGCCCAAAAAGUGGUAAACUAAUGGAACAGUUUUGACUUGAUCUUUCUCCAGAUCUCACCAUCUCUCUUUAAGGCUCCCGUGAACGAGAACAUUCCUGAUUGUUCAUCUUUCUCCUGGAACGUUUAGUGCCCUUUGAGGAAUUGCUUUUGUCUUCCGCCUUUGCAAAAAUGGUACUUAGCAUUUGGUGGAUAGAUGUUCUUAUCACACUUCAACUGUCCACGGAUGGUCACUCUUCAGUUCCUGUUGUGCCAGUCUCAUUUAAAGGAAAUCACAGAAACAGAUCCUCAAGUAGCAGUUAGCAUUUUUAUACAACUGCUGUUUGGUGAAUAGUCUCAAGGUGGGCGAGACAAUGGCAAGACACUGGAGAAUGAGGCAGACAUUUCUUACUUCUUGGACUACUUCUGACUAGAGAACCCCUAGUUCACUGUGUAUGAUUUCUUUUUUACAUCCUUGAUGGUUUUUACUGGUUUUUAUCUGUGUGUUUCACAUGAAUGCACUCUGUUUGCAGCAGCAGAGUUGGGUGCUUGAGCUUUCACUAUGUACUGUAUGAAAAAUGAUGGUUUUAAAAUGCAUUCAGCCACAGAUACAGAAACAAUUAUUGAACACUAGACUAGAGUCGCACUGUAAAGUUUUCCAAUACUUAUGACCGAUCAAUACUGAAUCUGUUUUUAUAUAUUCUUUCUGUAUUUAUUUGUGUAUUUAUAUGCUCAUGUUAUUUAUUGAUUUUGCUCAUUGACUGAAAAUUCAUAUGGUAGAGACUGAAUGGAUGGGUCUGUGUCUUCACUUAAAGCAUAGAGAUGCUUUACAUGUUAUUUUUAAGUAUGCUUCGUUUCUUUUGCAGCAGGAAGUUGUUUUUGUGUGGUCUCAUCGCAGUCUUGCAGCUCAUUUACAAGUUCUGUGCUUGUAUGAUUUCUGUUUAUUGUUAUUGUUUUCUGUUGUUGUUUACAAGGUUUUUCUCUGUUUUGUCAUUUAAUUUGCUGUUCAUAUGUGUAAGGUUAAGACAAACUUGAAACUGGGAAUAUUAAUUGAAGUCUUAAACGACAGGUUCCCGAACAAAGAAUUUUCUGGAACAUCAUAAUUUAUUCAAUAUUUAAUACAAAUGACUUUAGAAGAAAGAAAAAAAACUAGAAAUGUAGUAUAAUGCCAAACACACUGUGUUUUCAAAUGUAAUAUUUUAGUUUUUGAUAGAAUGGUCAUCUAACUUGUUGAAUGAUUGUUAAACUUUCAAAGUAAAACUCUCUGGAACAUUUUCCUGAUUAUUAACAAACUGCUAAAAACUCAAUGGCAUGUUUUUUGUUGUUGGUGUUUUUUGUUACGAGGGUCACUCCCUGUCCUCCUAGUUGAGUCUGUGUUUUAAUCAUAGUGUGUGGUGUGAUCGUAAACUUGGGCACAGGUUGAGUGAAGAACCAUCAACAAACAACUGAAGAUAGAAACACUAUUGGCCUUAAGAAGCAAUUGCCAUUGGAUAUUUUUACCAAUAUUUCAUGGCAUUGAUAUGCAACACUGCAAUAACAUGUCUGUGACUGAAAUUUCCUACUCCAAAUAAAAUUAAAUUCAUUAAAA